AUGUACAGACAGCUUACCACCGCUGCAACGACCCUCAGGGGAAGUAUACGCUUGGCGUAUGGCAUUCAUAGAGUGCCUGGAGCUUCGUUUGCUUUUCCACGAGAAUUUCAUGGGUCUACAAUCAGAUUUAAUGAAACGACUAUUCCGAAAACAUAUGAAGAGGAAAAGGUCAUAAUCGAUAAAAUUAACUCUGAAAAUCUCACAGAGAAGGACCAUGCACUGUCUUCGAGGAUUAGAAAUAUAGGUAUCCUGGCUCACAUUGAUUCGGGAAAGACCACAUUCACAGAACGAGUUCUUUUCUAUACUGGUAGAAUCAAGUCUAUCCAUGAGGUUAGGGGCCGUGAUUCCGUUGGAGCCAAGAUGGAUCAUAUGGAUUUAGAAAGAGAGAAAGGUAUUACUAUCCAAUCCGCAGCGACAUACUGUUCAUGGGAUAAAGACAACAGGGACUACCAUUUCAAUUUGAUCGAUACGCCUGGCCAUAUCGACUUCACAAUUGAAGUGGAAAGAGCCCUUAGAGUUUUGGAUGGUGCUGUCUUAGUCGUUUGUGCUGUACUGGGUGUUCAAUCUCAGACUGUUACUGUUGACCGUCAAAUGCGUCGUUAUAACAUUCCUAGAAUAACUUUUAUCAAUAAGAUGGAUAGGAUGGGUGCUGACCCUUUCAGAGCUAUUGAACAAAUCAACGCUAAACUUAAAACCCCAGCAGCUGCUAUUCAAGUUCCUAUCGGUUCUGAAUCUGAGUUAAAAGGUACUGUAAAUAUUAUUGAUCGUGUUGCCUUGUAUAAUGAAGGUGCACAAGGAGAAAUCUUGAGGACUGAUGCUAUUCCUGAAAACUUGAAGGAAUUAGUAGAGGAAAAGAGACAAAUUUUAAUUGAAACCUUAGCAGAUGUUGAUGAGGAGAUUGCUGAUAUUUAUUUAGAAGGUGAGGAGCCUACUGUUGAUCAAAUUAAGAAAGCUAUAAGAAGAGCGACAAUCGCAAGAAAGUUUACUCCUGUCUUAAUGGGUUCCGCAUUAGCCAAUAAAGGAGUGCAGCCUGUGUUAGAUGCAGUUGUGGAUUACUUACCUCAACCAAACGAGAUCUUGAAUACUGGUUUAGAUGUCUCUUCUGAAGUUGAAAAGCCAAUUCAUUUAGUUCCGUCUAGCUCGGCUCCAUUUGUAGGUCUCGCUUUCAAGUUAGAGGAAGGAAAAUACGGCCAGUUGACAUAUAUUAGAGUUUAUCAGGGAAAAUUGAAGAAAGGGACAUACAUGAAUCAUCUCAAGUCAGGCAAGAAGGUCAAGCUUGCAAGAUUAGUCAGAAUGCAUUCCAAUGAUAUGGAGGAUGUCGACGAAAUCGGAGCAGGUGAAAUUUGUGCUACUUUUGGGGUUGAUUGUUCUUCUGGGGAUACUUUUAUUGGGCAAAACUCAGAUCAGCAAAUAGCUAUGAGUUCAAUGUUUGUACCGGAAGCAGUUAUUUCGCUAAGUAUUCAACCAAAGGCCAAAGAUAAUGGAAGUUUUUCUAAAGCCUUGAAUAGGUUUCAGAAGGAAGAUCCCACUUUUAGAGUCAAAUAUGACCCGGAAUCAAAGGAAACAAUUAUCUCAGGAAUGGGUGAAUUACACUUGGAGAUUUACGUGGAAAGAAUGAAACGUGAGUACGGAGUUGAAUGUGUCACUGGAAAGCCUCAGGUGUCUUACAGAGAAUCUAUCACCGCUUCAACUACAUUUGAUUACACUCAUAAGAAGCAAAGUGGAGGAUCUGGUCAAUAUGGUCGUGUUAUCGGUGAAAUGACACCAAUUGUUGGUGAGAAUAAGUUUUCUCAGCACAUUGUUGGAGGAAAGAUACCAGAGAAGUUCUUGUUUGCUUGUUCUAAGGGAUUUGAAGAUUCUUUGGAAAAGGGUCCUUUAAUUGGUCAUCGUGUUUUGGGUGUCCACAUGCACAUUAAUGAUGGACAAACACACGUAGUGGAUUCUUCUGAAUUAUCGUUUAGAACUGCUACCCAUGGCGCUUUUAGACAAGCAUUCUUGGAUGCCCAGCCAGUAAUCUUAGAACCUAUUAUGUCAGUUGAAGUUACUGCGCCCAACGAAUUUCAGGGAAGUGUUGUUGGCUUACUUAAUAAAAUAGGAGGAAUGAUUAAUGAGACCACUAAUGGACAAGAUGAGUUCACUGUGAAUGCGGAGUGCUCAUUAAACUCCAUGUUUGGUUUUUCUACGUCAUUAAGAGCUUGUACCCAAGGUAAGGGCGAGUUCACAUUAGAAUUCGAUAAAUAUUCUCAAUGUUCGCCUCAAUUGCAGAAACAAUUGAUUGCUGACCACGAGAAAAAGAAUCAAAAGAAGUAA